AUGACAGCUCCGCUCAAAGUCAUCAUCGCUGGUGGCGGUAUUGCUGGUCUUACGCUUGCAAAUGCUCUUGAGCAAGCCAACAUUGACUAUGUCCUCCUUGAGCGACGCAACGAGAUAGCACCUCAAGUCGGGGCAUCUAUUCUUCUCUUAGCAAAUGGUUGCAGAGUCCUGGAUCAGCUUGGUUGUACCGAAGCUCUCCACAAAUGCACAGAACCGGUCAUCUGGGCGCACGAUCGCGACCAGCAUGGCCGCCCACUGGCACAAGCUUCGCGUGUCUCCCAACUCAUGAAAGCUCGGAGCGGAUACCCUUUCACUUUCAGCGACCGCCAGAACGUCCUCCGAGUCUUGUAUGGAAACCUCAAAGACAAGAGUAGGAUUCUGGAGGGCAAAAACCUCACGACAGUUCGCCAGCAUACAAGCGGAGUCACAGUCAUCUGCGAAGAUGGAACCUCUUACACAGGAGAUAUACUUGCUGGCGCAGACGGUGUCAACUCCAAGGCGAGAAGCGAAAUGUGGCGUCUCGCAGAUGAAGUUGAUCCAGAGCUUGUCAAGAAUGACAAAACAUCUCUCGAGAGCCAAUACCAGUGUCUCUACGGCAUUGCCUCUUCUUCUUGUGGUUUACCGGUUGGUGAGAUCGAUGUUGGCUACCACAACAAGCGAAGCAGCCUUAUUCUCGCCGGCAAGAAUGAUCGAUCAUAUUACUUUGUCUUUGAGAAGAUGGACAAGGUUUACAAGCCUCCCCAUGUCCCCAGAUUUACUGAAGCUGAUAGGGACGAAUUUGCCAAGCGAAAUGGCGACAUGAAGGUUAGAGAGGACAUCUGUUUUGGAGACAUCCACAAGAACAUGGUAACAAGCACGCUAGUCGCUAUCGAAACUGCCACUUAUAAGAUCUGGACUUGGGGUCGCAUAGCAUGCCUUGGUGACUCUGCGCACAAGAUGACUCCAAACGCCGGCUUCGGUGGCAAUGCAGCAAUCGAAAGUGCUGCUGCACUUGCCAACUCGAUCAAGAAGUUAUCGGACAUAUCUGAUGGACAACGCCCGACUGAGCAGCAAAUCAUUCAUUCCCUUCAGAGUUACCAAAAGGGCCGCGGGAUUAGAGCUACGGCCGCCAUCGAAGCUUCAACUUUCCUCACCGGCGUCCACGCGCUGGCUACAUGGGCCCACGCUCUCUUUGUUCGUUAUGGCCUGAGCAUUCUGGGUGACUUCUUCGAAGGUCUCUCAAGCGAUAUGUCCGUCGGAGCAACGUUGAUCGAGUACUUGCCGCCGCCUGAGAUCUCCCUAGUAGGCCAUAUGCCGUUCAACCCUGAGCAAGGUCAAGGCCACAAGGAGAACCUUUUCUUCCGAGCUCUAUUAGCAUCGCCAUUCCUCGUUCUUGUUGCCUUUGCCUGGAAGUUCGCCAAUCUCAAUCUUCUCCUUGAAGCAGGGGGUGGGACUGGGCAGCCUUGGCACAAUUCUCUCAAACCAUCAUCAUUGAUCAAUACUACUGCGGGCCGUGGCGGACAAAACAACAAGACUGCAAUUCUACAAGAUAUGUUCACGGCUGCUUCAAUCAAUUCUGACCCCGCUGCCGGCCUCCUCUUUGCCAAUCUCCUCGCGUACUCUGGACUUGUCCUCGCAAUUUGGUCUGUCGAGGCGGUUCGGCGUUGUAAUGCUAUGAUGCCCGUUCAGCUACCUGCUAUGUUUGCUUUCUUUGCCCAGAGAAAGUGCCUCGGCAUGGUUGCACCCGUGUACUACUUUCUUCACGUUAUGACGCCCAUCGAUUCAUUCAAGUCCACGGACAUGCGACUUACUCAGAUGCAUUAUACUCGUGCUAUACUUCCGUCUCUUCUCAUGGUCUACUAUCUUCCCCUGCUUCAAAGUUAUCUUCUGCCUGAGACAAGUCAACGUCAGACAUGGCUCCAACUUUGGCAGUGGUUCCCCAUCACACACUCGCUUGCUCAGUUCGCCAUCAGCAAGAUUCUGAAGGACACAACCGACUCCGAUAAAAUUCAUGCUCCCAAAGGAGAUGUCUCGACCAUCAGGUACACUAUUGGCAUCCCUACCAUCAUCUCCAUCGUUGUCUGGCUGCGCACCGUUUUCAGCGCCCCUGUCACAUUGUCUCAAAUCUUCUUGCCACAACCCUGGACUCACGUCCCUACUUCCCUCACCGAGAUCAUGCAAUGGAACUACCUCCUCGCCGUCUCGUCUUCCUACCUCUGGCUACUCUACUUUGCUUGGGACGCCAAAGCUGCUGGGAUGAUGACGUAUAGCUGGAUUACUCUACUUGCUGGCAGGGCUGCGUCGACGAUCGUGCUUGGACCUGGUGGUGCGAUUGGUGUGGGGUUCUUGUAUAGGGAGUAUAUCAUCACGGAGAAGAGGCAUAAAGGUGCGUUGACGGUGGAGAGUGUAAGAAAGAGGGCUGCGGCUGGGAAGAGCUAG